AUGAGGAAGAAAAAGCCAACAAAAGCCGACCUUAAGGUACCGUAUCAUUGCAGUGAGAUCAUCCAAAAGGAAAUGGCAGUGAAGCAGAGAGAUCCGGGCCAAUUCAUUAUCAGAUGCCGGAUUGGAGAAGCGAAAGUUGACAAGGCCCUAUGCGAUCUAGGAUCUUCCAUCAAUCUCGUGGCACUGAAGUACUACGAAAAGCUCAACAUCGGGCCGCUCAAAACUUCAGACGUGACACUAAGAUUGGCCGAUAACUCGUCCAUCAAAACUGUAGGUAUGAUUGAGGAUGUCAUAGUUAAAGUUGAUGAUUUUAUUUUCCCCGCCGACUUUAUUAUGCUUGACAUGGAAGUAGACAAGAACGUCUCUCUAAUCUUAGGGAGAGAUUUUCUUGCCACUUGCAAAGCUUUGAUUGAUGUAGGUCGUGACGAGAUCACAAUUAGUGACAACUAUAGUCACUCCACCUAUAAGAUCGAGAGCGAGAUGCUCAAGUUUGAGGAGGCAAAGCGGGUGAAGAUGGAACGGCAGUGCAGGGCAAGGCAAUCAUGGUCACGGAUUUGA